UGUGGUGAAUGUGGUUACUAUACUAUAGAUUGUAGCCUGGAACUAUUAUUGUUCAGAGAUCAACAGCGCCAAAAUUAUAGACGAUCUAAUAAUACAAAUCGGCAUAAAGAUAUUAAUUUUGUUGAAGCAGAAUAUGAAAGUAAAAUAGAGGAAGAGAAAAUUUAUAUGGCUCAACAUCAGCUAUAUAGCACUAAUCGGAAGAAGCAAAAAAAAAACAAGCAAAAGCAU